CUCGUAGCUGCACUCGGAUCGUGGAGAGUUCGUGCGAAGGACCAGAUUUUAUGCCUUGCGGCAGCGUACACCCGCGUCCCGUUUAGUCUCUUCUUUCUCAUCUCCGCGGGCGAGUUCCAGAGUGACCUUCGCCAACGUGGAGGACCACGGCCACCGUUCCGCCGCGAAUUCCGCUUUUCCGUGCAGGUCAAAACGCGGUGUCGAACCCCAAGUUGCGGGUGUCCGUGUCUCCGGCUGGAGUUUGUGCUUUCCGCUGGUGCCUCGUGUGAGGUCCGCCCGCUGGAAUGCUACAAAGGCCCCAACCGUGUGUCUCUAUACCCCCGCAGCAGCGUGAGGUCGCGUGUGUAUACAAGUUCGUCAACCUGGAGCUGGUCCGAUAGCAGAUAUACAUGUAUGUAUCCGAAUUUUUUCUCUUCUGUCUUGACGCAGUUCCCGGCGAGUAAAGUGACCCUUCGUGUCUUGUCUCGAAGACUCGCGUUCUGUCGCCUUCGCUUCAGGAUGCAAAGAAUUUUUUUCAUCGCAGCCACCGUCGCCGCUGUCGCUCUGGCUGUCUCGCCAGCGGCGGCAGAACGGGACGCGACGAUCGAUGCGGUCGUGUUUGAGUGCGAGGAAGGUCUCUCUUCCAUCACGGUUGCUCUGGACUCAGAGACUCCCGCGGGUCUGUUUGCAUGCGCCGCAGGCGCAACACUGUGGCCUCAGGGCGACGUCGCGCUGGACGGGUCCUGCACAGAAACCGUCGUUCUUGACGACUACUUCAAAGGCGCCAAGCUGGAACGGGUAGUGCUCAAAGUGGAAGACUCGUCGAGCACCAGGACCGCGUCUGAGGACCCGCGUGGAGAGAUUGUGGCAGUCCAGCCGUGCGAGCUGAACGGCAACAACGGGCCGUGCGAUGCAUCCUUUUUUGGUGACCCCCCGUCAGAGGAGAACUCCAGCGAACCUUCCGGUCUGAACUUUCUGGAGGAAGGUGUGAGUCCUUCCUGGGACGAAGAUACAGAGGUCAGCCUCUCGCUCGAGGAGCCAGUCGACUCGGAGAACUCAGAGCACUUGUGGGUUGCGCUGGAGAAAGCGGGAGGCGAAGAGGUCGCACUCCAAAGUCGGCAAGAGCAAUGGGUCGCGUACCGGCUGAGUGUUCCGGAAAAAUCGCUGGCGAACAAAAGUCUGUGCUACAAGUGUCUCUCGUACGAAACAGACACCCCGAGCGUCUGCAACGUCCGCAUCGACGUCCGCGUGGACGCUGGAGGAAAAUCUCCGCCUUCUGAACAGUCUGGCGCCGAGUUGCCUGAAGAACUCCCUUCUGCGGACGUUGCUGAAACCGGCGAAGCUGCGGAGCUGCCCCGCGCACUCAGAGCCGGAGUUUCCCCGCGAGCGCUGGCGGACUUGAGACCAAAUGCUCGGGGUGCAGAAAAGAAAGAUGCUGCGCCGAAGAAACAGCUGACAGAGGAGGAGCCCCCACAGGCUUCGGGGAAAGCAGCCGGUGCAAGUGGAGCAAAUGGAGCGCCAAGAGAAAACGCAACCGAAAAGGAACGAAAACUGCCGGAGAAACCCGCCGCGGCAGUGGCACGUGGUGAAGACUCGUCACUGGAGGGAAAAGCGCCGGAGGAGGCUGGUGCGCUAGAAAAAGGAGAUGAGGCCAUUGAAGGCAAAAAGCGUCCAGAUGUGGCAGCGCUGUCAGAGAGAGCAGAAAGAAAAAGUGAACCGAUUCGGACACCUGGGCGAGCCUCGCCUCCCGCGUCGAGUCCAGCACUUAGGACAUCGGCACCCUCAGACACAGCGCUAGCAAGCUCAGGUCCUCCUGAGGCUUUACCUCUGGAGAAAGAAGAGAUCGAUGCCCCGAGAUCAGAGGGGAAAGAGGGACUCAAGACCGAACUCGCGACACCCGCCGGACAAGUGAAACCUACGGGCGGACCCUCACAGCCUGAGAAACCACUGGAAACUGCGACCGUAGCCCCACCGGCGAAGACACAACCGGAAACUACGACCGUAGCCCCACCGGCGAAGACACAACCGGAAACUACGACCGUAGCCCCACCGGCGAAGACACAACCGGAAACUACGACCGUAGCCCCACCGGCGAAGACACAACCGGAAACUACGACCGUAGCCCCACCGGCGAAGACACAACCGGAAACUGCGACCGUACCCCCACCGGCGAAGACACAACCGGAAACUACGACCGCACCCCCACCGGCGAAGACACAACCGGAAACUACGACCGUAGCCCCACCGGCGAAGACACAACCGGAAACUACGACCGUAGCCCCACCGGCGAAGACACAACCGGAAACUACGACCGUAGCCCCACCGGCGAAGACACAACCGGAAACUGCGACCGUAGCCCCACCGGCGAAGACACAACCGGGAACUACGACCGCACCCCCACAUACAGAGAAACAAGUGGAACCUACGGCUGCUGGAGGUCCGACUGGAGAACGAGGGUCAGAGCCGGGCGAGAGUGAAGGGCAAGGCAGUUCCCAUGGGAGCGAGAAAGACGGUUCAAGCUCGUCUCCGUCCACACGCGCCUCUGGCGCAGAACAGAGCCCACAGAACAGCUCUGGUGGAGAGGGAGGGUCUCAGUCCACUUCACCAGGCGAGACGGGACAGAGCGGAAAGGUGGUUUGCAGCACCGGACAAGUACAGCACGUGACGACUGAAGCAUUCAAAACAGUAAUGUUCCAGUGCGGCGCUGGGUUGAUUUUGGAUCCGCCUUUCUCAGCCACAACGCCCCUUGUCUUUGACUAUGUGUACCACACCUGCACGCAACAUGUCGCCCUCACCAGCAUUCUGCCUGGAGCUCGUUUUCUUGCGGACGAAGCUAAAGGAGACGACUCGUCAACGACUUACAGACUCACACUGGACGCCGGCCCCCCGCAAGCCACGACGCUAUGCUACAAAUGUGUUCCCCCGAAAAGACGUCCGGAUCAAUCAGUGUUCACACCAGGUUGUGCUUUGAUUGUCACUGUAGCGGCUGACCCGAACGCAAGUGCAGCCAGUGCUCGCGCAACUUGGACCGCGCUGACACUCUUUUCAGCGUUUGUUGUCGCAUUCCGUUUCGCUGUGAACUAAUAAUAUGGAACGGGCUUCCCUUUAAUUCGCCUGAGAGCUCCAGGAGUUGGGCCGCUUCCGUAGGUCUGUGAGGCUCGCUCGCGUCGCCGCAGGUCGUUCGAGACACACGCGUUGUUCUGUGAUCAUGUGGUUGUCAUGAGGGAUUGAUGGAGGCAGAACAAGUGCUGCACCCGGACUUUCAGGAUGCGUGAGGGGGUGUAGAACGACUUGUGACAAGUGUGGUUGCAGUCUUCUGCUUCCUGCCAACUCUUUCGUGACUUUUUUUCGCAAGGAGCAGAAAAUCGCAUGUGUGGUGCAAUUUACAUUCAGGGACAGAGACGUCUCGGUAUGCAUCCCUGAUUUCGAUGCAGUCUACCACUAGAAACGGAAAAUGCCACUGCAUCGAUCCCUGUGUUUUUUGCCGGAUACGUCUCCAGGGUUAGGCUGGAACCUUUUUUGAGUCGCGACCCCGCGUCUGUGGAGCCAUGUGAAUUAAAGUUCACAGCAUUGUGCAGGCUCGUUCGUCAUGCUGAAUGCGACCACUCAGUGUGGGUGGCACUUCCCUUGUCGGAGGCGCAACUCAGGUUCGACGGCAUGUGUGUGCUCGAAACAUUCUGGAUAUGACGGGGGAUCAACCUGCGUAGACAGUGUACCCGUGAUCUCGUUGCGACAGCUCUAUAAUUGAAAUAUGCGGCGGUAUGCGACGGAGCAGGUGCUACGGGAAACGGUCUACUCGGCACCUUAUCUUGUGUUGAGGGCUGUUGUAUAUAGUUGAAAACUGCAGUGAAAUGCAAAGGUGAAUCUGGCAGCGUAAAUGUUUACGUAACCUUUCUUGUCGGAAGCGCGCUUGGAUACCCAAGUCACCGGUGUAACCGACGGGGAAACUAUCAAUGGAGACAGCUUCCUUCGCACUUGCAUUUGUGUGGGGGUUGCCUGUAUUAUUGAAACGUGAAGUGGAAUCUGACAAAACUCGCAUAUGUUUUCCUUCUUGCACUAUGUGCCGGUCCUCAUCUCUCCGGCAGAAACAAAACACUGCCUGAACACAGCUGGGAUGAACCAGUAACGAUCUUCCGGGCGUCUUCCGUUGACUGAAACAGCCUCAAGCGACUCACGGUCGCUGCAGAGGUUCUAGUUUUUUGACUCUCGCCCGGAAUUCCGCCGGGCGUUGCUGACAAGACUUUGCUGUUGUUUUGUGGCUCUCUGGCGGUUUGAAGCGGAGAAUGUCUCGGCGGAACUUUCGGUGUCCGAUUACACAUGCGAAUGACGAUGGUUCGCGGGGAACCAACGAAACAGCCAAAAGUGCUGCUCGUUGAGGCACUUCAGUCGUUCGAACAAAGAAACAUGCAUACAGUCCGCGGCUGUGAAGUGCUGUGCCUCGCGUGAAUGGUGACCUCGAGUGACAACACCAGCAGCGGCUGACCGAUGAGGAGUAAAUAAAGCACGUUACCAUAUUGAAAUGUAACACCAUCGAUUGUCUCAGAUGUGAACUUGCACAACUAUCGCCUUACGAAACAAGGUGGCGGACAGAUCUAAACGACCAUGUGUUGCUUUCGGAGAGGAGGCGCGCUAUCAGGGCAGGGAGCA